AUGUUUGGUGCUGGAAUUGAUACCUCUUCCAUCACCACGGAGUGGGCUCUCUCGGAACUCAUACGCAAUCCAGCUUGCAUGCUCAAAGCCCAGCGGGAGAUUGACCAGGCCGUGGGGUUUGACCGAGCCGUCAACGAAGAUGAUCUCUCUAAUCUCGGCUACGUCAGAGCGAUUGCCAAGGAGACGCUACGCUUGCACCCGCCGGUCCCGCUGCUGGUUCCGCAUGAGUCAACGCAAGAGUGCAUGAUCAACGGGUUCCGCGUUCCCGCCAGAACCAGGGCCACGGUCAACGUGUGGUCAAUCGGGAGGGACCCAAGGUGGUGGGAGCGUCCGGAGGUGUUUGAUCCGGACAGGUUUGCUGCAAGGAGUGCGAUUGAUGUCAAAGGGCAGCAUUUCGAGCCGCUUCCAUUUGGAUCCGGGCGCAGGAUGUGCCCAGGGAUGGGCUUGGGAUUGGCCAUGGUGGAGCUCUCCCUGGCGAGGUUGAUCCAGGGAUUUGAGUGGACUUUAGCACCAGGACUGCAAGAGCUGGAUAUGGAGGAGGAGUUUGGGGUGACGCUCCAGAGGAGAGUGCCUCUCAGAGCUCUUGCAAUUCCCCGUAUGAAGGCAGAGCUUUAUGGAGGGAUAUGCUAG